AUGACUAUUACUGGCAACUUGACGACUGACAGCGAAGGAAACAUCGUUCAGACGGGUGGUAGUCUGCAGAACGACGAGAAGUUAGGUCAAACUCUACACAAAAUGCUAACUUGCAUCCCAGCUCUGACGAAUACCCUCCCUCGGGAUGCCCAGGGGAGGAUGUUCAUUCCUGCGACCCAAAGAGCUGACGGAUCUUGGAGGCCUGUCAAAUACGUGAAAGAGGGGUACGUACCACAAGAUGAAGUAGAUUCCUACCGCAGUAAAGGUAAAAUCUUCUCUGAGGGAGUAAAAUCAGUGGGUGUGCCUGGUUAUACCGGCCCAGCAAAGCAGGGCGGAGCAGAGGAGCGAGUAACUAAUGCGGAUCUCUCUUCCAAGUCGAAAAUGUCUAAAAACCAGAAGAAGAGACAGAAAAAGAAGGAGAAGAAGAACACUGACGAAUUUGAAAUAGAAGAGAUAACAGAUAAGGUGUCAGAUAUAAAAGUAAGCUCGGAACCAGCUAAUCAGCAGCCAGCUGAUGUGGACAAGAAGAAGAAAAACCUCCUUAAGAAAUUGCGUGCUAUAGAUGAUCUGCAAGCAAAGGUAGAGGAUGGGUCAGUGGUACCCGACAAGGAGCAGUUAGAGAAACUGGGGAGAAGAGGCGAAAUUGAGGCUCAACUUGCAGCACUCUCGUAA